AUGGCUUCAAUCAACAAGUUGUGGUGCUUGUCACUACUUGGCUUCUUUGUUGCUCUUGGAAAUGCUGAAUGGGAUAGUUCUUUAUACGCUUCAAGCGAUUCGUUCUAUCCUUCACCUAAGAUAAGCGGCUCGGGAGGAUGGGAAGAGUCUCUGUCCAAGGCACAGACUUGGGUCUCAAACCUUACUCUGGCAGAAAAAGUCGGUCUGGUGACGGGGUCUUCUGGUCCAUGUGCCGGGAACAUCGCACCUAUAGAGCGCAUCGGAUUCGGUGGCCUAUGUCUUCAAGACGGUCCAGCAGCUAUCAGGCAAGCUCUGUACGCCAGCGUCUUUCCCGCGGGUAUCGCGGCCGGUGCGUCUUGGGAUCGUGGAUUAAUCAACGCUCGUGGUCGGUAUCUGGGCGAGGAGUUCAGAGCCAAAGGAUCGCACAUUGCCUUGGCGCCUGUCGCGGGACCUCUUGGCCGCAGCCCCUUUGGGGGUCGCAAUUGGGAAGGGUUUGCUACUGACCCCUAUCUGAGUGGUGUCGCAAUGGAAGAAACAGUCUUGGGCCUGCAAGCUGCUGGUGUCCAGGCGACCUCCAAGCAUUACAUUGGAAACGAGCAAGAAACUCAGCGCAAUCCUACUACUGUCAACGGUACGACUAUUAAAUCGAUCUCGUCAAAUAUCGAUGACCGGACGUUGCAUGAGCUAUACUUAUGGCCGUUCGCGAAUGCGGUACGUGCUGGCUCUGCCAGUAUUAUGUGCUCAUACAAUAGAUUGAACCAAACCUAUGGCUGCGAAAACUCUCAUACACUAAACAACCUCCUCAAGACUGAACUUGGCUUCCAGGGCUACGUCAUGUCUGAUUGGGGUGCCACACACUCUGGUGUAGCUGCCAUCGAGGCUGGACAGGACAUGGACAUGCCAGGCACUAUUAGCUUUGGCGACCUGAGCAGUGGAAGCUUUUUCGGUGCCAAUAUCACGUCCGCUGUGAAUAAUAGGACACUUGAUGUGGCACGUCUGGAUGACAUGGUGCUCCGCAUCCUGACCCCUUACUUUCAUCUCCAUCAAGACGAGAAUUUUCCGCCUGUUGACGAAACCACUGGCAGUCUCAACUUCUUCGGGGCGCGAGAAGCAGACAAAAUCUUCAAACAAGGGCCUCUUGUUGAUGCCCGUGGUGAGGGCCAUGCUGAUCUGAUCCGUGAGCUUGGUGCUGCCGGUACAGUGCUUCUCAAGAACGAGAACAAUGCUCUACCACUAAGUAGUCCCAAGAACCUCGCCAUCUUCGGCAACGAUGCGAGUGAUGCCUCUCAAGGGUUGUACUACUUUGCACUCUUCGAUGCCUUUUCCUUCCCUGAGUUUGGAACCUUUGCCGUCGGUGGCGGCUCUGGCGCCGGAAGAUUCUCGUAUAUCGUCUCACCCCUCGAAGCCCUGAAGGCACAAGGCCAAGCCGACUCGACGCUAGUCCAGUACAUCCUCGACAACAAGUACAUCACAAAAGCCGGCCUCGAAAGCCUUGCUCCAGUCCCAGACACCUGUCUCGUCUUUCUCAAAUCCUGGGCCACCGAAGGCUUCGACCGGCUCUCCCUCAUCGCCGAAUCUAAUUCGACCGCCGUGGUCGCCGCCGUCACCUCAGUCUGCAACAACACCAUAGUCGUCGUCCACGGUCCCGGACCCGUAAUCAUGCCCUGGGCCGAUAAUCCGAACGUCACUGCCAUCCUUGCCGCUCAUUACCCCGGCGAGCAAACCGGAAACUCCAUCGUCGACGUCCUGUACGGCAAGACGAACCCGUCAGGCCACCUCCCCUACACCAUCGCCAAGAACGCAGACGACUACGCAUACAAUCUCGUUAACAGCUCUGCACUUCUUGCAUCUACCGAUCCAAACGCCUGGCAGGCAGACUUCACAGAGGGCCAGUUGACCGACUACCGUGAAUUCGACGCAUUCAACAAAUCCGUCGCGUACGAGUUCGGCUUCGGCCUCAGCUACACGUCGUUCUCCCUUGCUGAUCUCGCUGUCACAUACACGUUUACGUCGCCACUUGCACGUACACCUUCGCCAGCCACGCCUAUCGUCCCGGGCGGCAACGCCGAGCUUUGGGACGUCAUCGCGAGCGUCAGCGUCACGGUGGCGAACACGGGCAGUGUCGGGGGCCAGACGGUGCCGCAGCUGUACAUCAGCAUGCCGGCAAGCGUGGGCGCCGGGACGCCGGUGCGGGUGUUGAGAGGGUUCGAUAAGGUCAUGCUGGAGGUGGGCGAGAGCAAGACGGUCGAGUUCGAGCUCAUGAGGCGCGAUCUGAGCUAUUGGGAUGUCGUUGCACAGCAAUGGACGUUGCCGAGUGAGAGUAUCGGUGUUAGUGUUGGGUUCAGUUCGCGAGAUUUGGUGGUUAGUGGGAGUCUGACGGUGUGA